AUGGCUCAAAACGAAAUAAUGGUGGCAGCUCAGGAAAUACAAGCUGUGGAAGGAAGAAGUGUUAGCCUACCAUGUGACGUAACUCCACCAGGCCAUGACAAGGUUUAUAUGGUGUUCUGGUUUCAACAUGGUUCUGGGUAUCCCAUAUACAGUUUUGAUGUUCGAGGCAAACCCAUGUCCUUGGCGCGCCACUGGUCAGCACCGGAAGUGUUCGGCACUAGAGCCUACUUCCGGACUGUCUCCGAGCCUGCGCAAUUGGUUAUCGAAGACAUUAAACGACAUGACGAGGGAAUCUACAGAUGCAGGGUAGACUUCAGGAAUGCACAAACUCGCAGUGUUAGAUACAACCUAACAGUGAUUGUGCCUCCUGAACAGCCAAUCAUCAUCGACAAAUGGACGCACAUAUUAAACGGCUCACUAGGACCCCACGAGGUUGGUGAUGACAUCCAUUUAAAAUGCAGAACAGUUGGUGGUCAUCCACAACCAACCGUAAGAUGGUUAGUCAAUGGCGUGGUGGUGGACGACGAAUAUGAGAAGAACGCCGGUGACGUCAUCGAAAACAAACUCACCUGGCCGUCGGUUUCCAGAAAGGAUCUGGACGCCAUCUUUACUUGUCAGGCUGAGAAUACCAAGCUGACAGAACCCAGAGAAGCUACUGUUCUUCUUGACUUAAUACUAAAACCAUUAACGGUGAAUAUACUGAAAACAGAGAGUCCUUUAGUUGCUGACAAAAGAUACGAGGUAUCAUGUGAAUCUGCAGGAUCGAGACCACCCGCUAUAAUAACGUGGUACAAAGGAAAAAGACAGCUGCGUAGAACAAAGGAGGAAACAACAGAAAACGUGACAAUUAGCGAAUUAAGCUUCGUACCGACGACGGAAGACGACGGGAAAUCCAUAACCUGCCGGGCGGAAAACCCCAACGUCACCGGUCUGUUCCUGGAAACUUCCUGGAAAAUUGAUGUUGUUUAUCCACCAAUAGUCGACCUCAGUCUCGGUACGACUUUGAAUCCGGACGACAUCAAGGAAGGCGAUGACGUGUACUUUGAAUGCAAAGUAAGAGCCAAUCCACACUGGAGACGCUUGACUUGGCUUCAUAACGACCUCGUGCUGCCCCACAACAUGUCUAGUCGCAUCAUUCACAGCAAUCAGAGCCUGGUGCUGCAGAAAGUGACGCGACAGAACGCGGGAGUGUACAAAUGUUCGGUAGUGAAUUCCGAAGGCGAGACCGUCAGCGACGAGCUCCAUUUUAGAGUGCAGUACGCUCCAACUUGUAAAUACGACAAAGUCAUCGUUGUGGGGGCUUCACGUGGAGAAAGCGUCGAUGUUGUAUGUGAAAUUGAAUCCGACCCUCCCGCAAAAAGUUAUAAAUGGAAAUUCAACAACUCGGGAGAAACUCUGGAACUGGAACAGGAACGAUUUUCCAGAACGAGUAACGGCAGCGUCAGUAUACUCAAGUACACCCCCAUAACGGAGCUGGAUUAUGGAUCUUUAUCUUGUUGGGCCACGAACAUCGUAGGAAGCCAAAUUAAUCCGUGUGUCUUUCAAGUCGUUGCUGCGGGAAAACCAUUCCCUGUCAAAAACUGCACCCUAACCAACCAAACAAGCAGUUCCAUCGAAGUCUACUGCUUGGCUGGUUUCGACGGAGGUUUACCCCAACAUUUCGUCUUAGAGCUCUACUCUACCAAGUCUGCACUGCCCAGAUACAACAUCACUUCCUACUCUGAACCGUAUUUCUUUUUGGACAACCUCGAACCUGACGUCACGUUCAGGAUUGUCGUUUUUGCUGUCAAUUCUAAAGGGAAGAGUGGCGGUCUUGUGUUGGAAGAGAUAACAUUUCGGGAUGCUGAAAAAAGAACUGCCACAGAAAAGGAUAUGAAAAUAUCGCCAGUGCUUGGCGUGCUUAUGGGAGCCACCGUCACAAUCACCAUAGUGAUCGUUGCUAUCGUAGUGCACGUGAGGAAACGAAAAAAUCGUCCGGAGGUGGCUCUGGAAGAAAAAAUAUCUGGAAUACCUAGUCACUGCAACACCAUGUCGUCUACUAAACCUUUGUUGAGGAGUGCGUCUCCUAGGGAUACUGAUGAAAAGGAUCCUGAUGUAAUACCAGCAAAAUAUGGGGCAGCUGAAACGGAUGACCACAGUGCUCUGGCAGCACUCAACUCAUCUUCGCACAUACCUCUGCAUAGCGAACUCAGCUAUCACGCAGAGACAGCCAGUUCUAAUGUCCAAUGGGGUGGAUCUCCCAGUCUGAUAUCAUUAAAACAAGUCUCAGAGACAUGUUUGUAUCGGCCUGUUUUGUUCCAGUACCAUCAGUACAGCAAUCCAGCAGCGAUGGUGGGCACGUUCCCAAGGGACUCCAGACCCAAAGACCUAUGCUUAACCAACGGCAACUCCAGGUCUUCUGAUUUGGAAUUGAACGGACUGGCCAUCAAGGAAAGGCUCAUGGCCAGCAGAUUGCCUGAAAGCUGCGUCUAAAAGUUUCCACCGAUUGUUUUCCUCGUAAAGAAGAUGAAAAAUCACGGAGAAAAUGGAAAAAUGAUUGUAGAUUGGUGAAAAACUUUCCUGCCGUCCAAGAAAGUGCGUGUGCUUGUGUUUUUUGUAACUAAAUAUUUAUCCCUGUUUCUACAGAAAAAAUCUCUACGAACGACAGAACGUUUGACAGUGCCAUAAAUAGUUCCAGGUAAAGUUUAUCCAACGAGUCAGGGAAAAUUUUGCUGAUGACACCUAAAAUAAGACAGAAAAUACAAUUUAGCUCUGACUUAAAAUGACAGACAUCUUUCACUGUCAUGUAUUUUCUCGUUGGGCGGAUAUGUAUAUUGCGUCAGUUAUUAACAUGGAUCUGAAAA